AUGUCGUUUGGACGCCCACCGACGUUUUCCAACUUUCAGGUACUGCCGCCGGAGCGUGGCUCGUUCCCGUUGGAUCAUGACGGUGAAUGCACAAGCGCGAUGCGUGAAUACUUGGCCUGCCUCAAAGCCAACAAGAACAACAAUGGCGCAUGCCGCCACCUCAGCAAGGCGUACUUGGCGUGCCGUAUGGACAAUGAACUGAUGGACCGCGACGACUUUUCGAACCUUGGCUUUGCGGAUCUAUCGACGGACAAGAAGGGCGAUGCCACCACCUCCUCCUCCUCGUCCGCCUCCACAGCAGGUCCCCCGCCUACCUCGGGGCGAAUGGUGUAG